AUGUUCUCGCCCUCCAAUGUCAAUGAAUCUCGACCAAGCAAGAGACGCGGUAGUCUCCUUCAAGCCCUUCGUACCGUCGCCUCGCCAAAGUUGGGCAAGAUCUUUGGCAAGAAACCACCUCUCGAGCACCAGAGUCCCAGCCAUGAUGACAAACUACUCUUGAUCGCGUCGAGUCCUCCCGUCUCUCCCGACGUGACAGAGGACCGCAUUUUCAACCCUCUCGGAAUAUCUAUACCCUUGGAACAAACCUCUUCUCAGACCAGUCUGCUCGACAGUAUACCAGUUUUGCCGGCCAUAGGCUCGUUCGAUGGAUUCGGAAGUCACAUCGAGUGGUUCACGCCUCCAGAACCCAAUCCUUUUGACUCUCCCGAGUUUACGAGUAAUACGACGCUCGCAGAUACAUCUGGUGCUCCUUCUGACAACCUCUGCGCUGAAAUGAAGACAUUGGCAUCAUCUCCAGUACUCGAAGAAUGUUCGUUCGAGGAUUUCGACGAGGGGGCCGUUCAGUAUAUACUUGACAGUAUGGAAGACUCGAUGCCCAGCUCUGAAUUGAUUCCAGACACACAUGCCUACAGCAAGCUACGAUCCAGUUCCUUUCAGCCAUCGUCCUCAUCACACGGUUCAGCCUCUGGUUCCACCGGAUCGUUGCUGGGAUCUCGACACAAAAAGGAUCCUAUCUAUGCUGAACUCCCGAGCAUCUCGAUCAUUGAAGCGACUCCUCGAGGACUAUGCGAGUUCACGUUUGAUUUCCCGCAACCUCCGACAACAAUACCCAUCAAGACCGAGACGAGUGCCGCAGUGGGCAGCCCAACGUCGCCCAAACUGUGCUGCCACAAGACUUCUUCAACUGGUAUCUCGAACAGAGCAGAGGUAGGUCGUCCCAGUCCAACCGAAGACCUCUAUAUAGGACCAAGCGAACACGCACAUGGGCCUUCGAUGCUCUCCUUUCUCGUCAACGCACUAGGCUCUCGUAUCCGUAGGGCAACGAUGAGUGGCGGGGAGCGACCAGAUCCAGUUCCCCAGGUGUCGCCCUGUCCUACUUAG